GAAGCGGGUGGGAUGAUGGCGGCCGUGCAGCAGGGGUUCAGUAAAUGGCUCUUCACCCAAGAACAGUUCGAAAACACGCCGUCCCGCCGCUGCGGUGUCGAGCCCGACCGGGAGCUCUCAUACCGACAGCAAGCCGCCAACCUCAUCCAGGACAUGGGACAAAGAUUAAACGUAUCCCAGCUUACAAUUAACACUGCAAUCGUUUACAUGCACAGAUUUUAUAUGCUUAAUUCCUUUACCAAAUUCCAUAGAAAUAUUAUCUCUCCCACCACGUUAUUUUUGGCUGCUAAAGUGGAGGAGCAGCCCAGAAAACUGGAACACGUCAUUAAAGUAGCACACGCUUGCUUGAACCCUCAAGACCCUCCACUGGAUACCAAGAGCAAUGCGUACCUCCAGCAAGCCCAAGAGCUGGUGCUGUUGGAGACCGUAGUGUUGCAGACACUCGGGUUUGAGAUUACAAUAGAGCAUCCACACACAGAUGUGGUGAGAUGUUCCCAGCUAGUGCGAGCGAGCAAGGACUUGGCCCAGACCUCCUAUUUCAUGGCUACCAACAGUCUACACCUGACCACCUUCUGCCUGCAGCACAAACCCACAGUGGUGGCGUGUGUUUGUAUUCACCUGGCUUGCAAGUGGUCCAACUGGGAGAUCCCCGUCUCUUCAGAUGGGAAACACUGGUGGGAGUAUGUGGAUCGGUCUGUGACACUGCAACUGCUUGACGAUUUGACACAUGAGUUUCUACAGAUCUUAGAGAAAACGCCAAGUAGACUAAAAAGAAUCCGAAACUGGCGGGCCACGCAAGCUGCCAAGAAACCAAAACUCGACAACCAAUCAAUAGAUAGUCCCUUCCAGGGUUCUUCUCUGAACCAGGACACCUCAUUGAUGACAAGCAUGUGUGACAUCAGAGGGGGCUUAUAUUCUGAACUGUCCACCUCUUUCCCAUUGGACGGGGCAUCGAUUUCUCUCAACGGCCUGUCGAACUUGCAGAGUUCCUCCUUCAGCUUUCCCGCACCAAUUACCCAGAGCGCUGAUGCUUUAUUAACGCUCCAGGGGGCGCCGGUGAGCAAACACGGAAAUAGCUCGGCAUCUCUCGCCCCUCAGAAACUCACUCUAGAGAAAUACCGUGAAAAACAAGCGGCUGAAUUGGAGCAAAGACGCAGACAUGAAGAUGAGGAGAGUGACCAGCAUCGCAAACAUGGGCAUUUAACGUCCGAACAAUCUACGUCAGUCAGGGUGAAGUAUUCGCUACAGGAGAGAUCGUUGAAAAGCGGGUCGCUCAAACGACGCCACCCUUCAUCAUCGGAAAAUGGUUCUGCCAGUCAGGAAGAACUGAAGAUGAAGAUAAAGGUUUCGUCGGAAAGUAGCGGAAGCAGCAGCAGCAGUAAAAGCCGACACAGUCCGCGCUCCAGUCGCGAGAAACAUCGCGAGCACUCAUCGCACAAAGUGGCGAGAAACGAUUCGUCGCAUACGCGCACACACACUCACACACAUAGUAGCCACCAUCACCACCACCAUCACCAUUCAUUGUCCAAAACUCACCGAUCUUCCAAGAGCCACUCCUCCUCUGCCUCCAUACCUGUCAAUCAACAGAUAGGCCAUGCCCAUUUGGCGAAGGUUGACAGGAGGCUGGGGGAGGGGCAGAGUUCUGAGCCCAAUGCUGCUUUAAUUAAUAAUGGUCCACACAUGGAUUAUGAAGACACUUUUAAUAUGCUUGAUUCCCUAUUAAAUGCACACAACUUCUAAACUAGCGUAGAAAUCUAACGUUUUUAUGCAAAACCUCAAAAAAUCUGCGAUUGUCUCUCUUGAGCUAACUUUAUGCAAGAAUCAGUCGUCCGUUACAUGUCAUAGUCACUUUUUGAUUUAAUCAUGUUUUAUGGCUGAAUUUUAAUCAAAAAAAAAAAACCUAUGAAAAAAGUGAAGGUUGUGUUUAACGUAAACGUGAAACAAAUGUAUAUUUACGAUUUUAAAGCUUUCUAAGAAAUGUAGAGCAGAUUGUGAAAUGCCUCUGGUCAUUUUAUUCUCUUUCAGAUGGUUAAAUGCAAUGUGAUGAAGUGAACAUUUAUAUGUUCUUUAUGCGUGAUUCACUUUUUGUUCGUUAAUCAAAGGGAUGAAAAUCGAAAGGUGUGACUGUUUACAAAAGGAAGGUGCAGAUAUCUGUUCACUGUUAUUUGCAUCGCUAUAUAUCUAUGUCUAAAUAUUUCACGAAUGCUCAGGUUUGGAAGUUCAUAAAGGUGAAAAACGACGCAAGUCAAAGCAUAACUUAGUUAAAAUGUUUAACUAAGAAAUGUCAUGUCUUUCCGAAUCGCAAAUGCCUGUAUACAGAUUCCACUAUAUCGCUCUCCGUAUAUUGUAAAUGAACAUACUGUAAAGUUAUCUAUUUUAUGUUGUUGUUCUGUUAGAAAGGUGAACCGAUUUGCAUAGUAACUGUUUUAUCUUAAGAUUUUAAAACGUAACCGUCAUGAUUCCACUUUGCUUUAUCGACCCUUUAAGGUAGUGGUGUUGUGUAAAUCAAAAUGUUAGACCUGUUUCUGACAUCGAAAAGAUGUGGGUAUUUUUCAUUUUGUGUACCAGGUUUGAAUGGACAAGAUCACAUCCCAGAAUCCUCACUGUUCAUUAUGAUGUACGUUGAGCCUUAACUGUACGAUUUUAGCAAGCGAGAUUUUAGCGAACUUUUUUUUUUUUCUCACAUUUGAUCUUAUCUGUAAUCUGGACUUUUCUCAGUAUUUAAGAUAUUUUUCUGUUAUUGUCUCCCCCUUUAUUGGCUGCUGAUUCUGACUGGUUAGAAAUUGGGCUGCCAUUCAAAUUAACCACAGUCAACUUCCUUUCCCUGUUUUUAAGGGUCUGGACAGCGCUAAAGAAAAGAUACACUGGAAAAUCACUCUAGAUUUGGCCUGGACUUAUAUUCCCAGUUAAAGUGUGCUGUUUUAACCUCCAUACACCACAUACCAAAGGUUGUGCCUCAGUGUUUGCCCACCGGUGGAACUGUAUGAAACUUGUAGGUUUCUGUCAUUUUUUUUAUUUUAUUUGAAUUGGAAUGCCAUAGUUCUUUAUAAGUGUUAGAUUCAAGUCUGUAUGGAUGAUGUUGGAUUGUCUAAAAAACAUCCAAUAAAAUUGCUUAUCUAAAUGGUU